GGAAAGGCACUCAUUUAAAGUCAAGGACAUUUAGAUGUGUCCAGCCAUAAAUCCAGAUUUGUCCUUUCCGAGCAUCAAAUCAAAUUAUGGGGUGGCGUUGUUGGACCGAUUGACAAAGAGUGUCCUUGGAAUUCCUACUCCCGAAACCGAGUUAAAACCUCAAAAGUUAAAAGAACAUUUUGAGGGUGCGUUGUACGAACUGUUUUUACUCAAGUCAAGGCUGCAAGAAAAAUGUUCUCAGAUGGAGGUAAAAUGUCGAGAGGAUGAGCGUUCAUUUCAUUCUGCUAUCGAAAGGUUAAAAAAGGAUUUAACUGAUCUUAGUAAACAAUUCUGCAAGUUAGAUACUGAAGUUCAUAUGGUAUCUGGAAAGUUGGUUCAUUUAGGCGACCAGUUAGAAAGAAAAAACUUACCGAGAAAACGAAUUGAAGAGGCACGUGAUUUGAUACUUGAAUUUUAUAAAUUCUGGGGUUUUGGCGGAGGAAGUGUCACCAAUGUAGUAAGCGCUCAAUCAGAUGAAGCUCAGCUACUUGAGGCCGCCACUCGGUUCAAAAAUUUGAGUUCGUUGUGCUUGGAGUUACCUGAUGAUGAACGUUUCUUAAAUGCAAAACAAAGAGUUACAGUUGCCUGUCAACACUUGGAUACAGCUUUACUUGAACGAUUUAGAGCAAAUUUUCUUACGGGUAAUGUUGAGACAAUGAAGAGCAUAGCAGAUGUACUUCUUCUUUCCAAAAACUACUCUCAAUGUGCUGAGAUCUUGGUUGAAGAAACAGUAAAGACAAUAGAUCCCAACAAGAUUCAUUUCAAAGAUAUUACAAGGUGCUUGGUUUCGAGUGAAAAGCUCAUUAUGACCUUAUUCUUACGACCAGAUUCAGUCCUGAUGCAACUAAUGCAUAGUCUUUUCACAACAAAAUUAAAAGUGUACUUGAGUAAUCAUAUGAAGGAAGAAUUGAAUGCACAGGCAUUUUUAACCAAUUUGUACAAUGAAUAUCGAAACGUUGAAAAAUUGGUUGUUGAGUUAUCUAAUGAGUUAACCUUAAUUACGGAUCCAAUGCAACUGUCUAAAUUAUUUCGGGAAUUAUUUGCUCCAUAUUUAGUCGAUUAUAUGAAACGAGAAUCUGACUGGUUAACUGAACGCUUAACAGGUCAUCUUGAACAUUAUUAUCAAAGUCAAAGGCAUCAAAAACGUGCGCUAAAUGUUUCUGGCUUGGCCGAACUUCGUCGAGACCUCCAAGCAAAGUUUCAUAUCACUGGUGGUGAUCGAUCACAAAAUGACUACGACAUAUCGUUGUUAUCCGAAGAAGUCGCUGUUAAUAUUAUUGAGGAUAUUCGGCGUGCUGCCAAACGAUGCUUGCUGUUAUCCCAACCUACUGCUAUUCCAGACAAUGGCAAAUUCAUAUUUAAUUGUUUGUAUCACUAUCUAAUCGUUGAACACGUGGAUUAUGGUGUUACUUUAGGUUUGCACGGUUUGAAUAUAGCCGAUCCUCGAAAUAACAAUCCACACCUAGUCUUCUUCUCCAUAAUUCAUGAAGCCACAUCAAUUUUUCACUUUUUCGAGAAAACAAUUGAUGAGUCCAUUUUACCAAUGAUUAUUACAAACCCAUCAUAUGCAAGUGAAAUAUCUGUCAAACGUAACGAAUUGAAACAAGAUUUGGAAGGUAAAUUCUGUACUGGUUUAGAAAAGUGUCUAAAUCUGGCUAUUUCUCGUGUUCAAUAUCUAUUAUCCAGUGAACAGCGAAAAACUGAUUUUCGCCCAGAUAUAAAUGCUAACUCAGGAAUAAUUGCCGGUAAUCCACCAUCGCUUGCAUGUCAACAUGUGGUCGCUUUCGUAACCCACAUCAACCGUGAAACUCAUCAACACCUAGAUGGUCAAAAUUUAAAAACAUUUUUACAUGAAUUUGGAAUGAAACUAAAUCGCACAUUGGUAGAUCAUUUUUACAACUUUACCUUCUCUGACACAGGUGGAUUUGUUGCAAUGCAAGAUGUAACCGCCUACCGAGAAAUCGCAAAGCAUUUUGAAAGUCCAACUGUUAAUGUUGUUUUCGACGUACUGUUUAAGCUGAUGAAUCUCAUGUUGAUUAAACCAGAAAACGUACAACAAGUUGUUCAAGAUUAUUUGCAGUCAGGAAUGCCAAGAGAUCUGUUGAUGAACUUCAUUCAACUCAGAACAGAUUAUAAGUCAGCGAAGCUACAAAAUGUGAUACAAUUCAAAUCAACAAGAUAAUUUUUUGGAUUAUUUAUCAUUAACAAUUCGUGUUCUUCAAGUACUCCAUAAUUUCUUCAUUACUUGCACCAUUUUUAAACAUUUCAGUUAUUUUUUGUGAAUAUCUGUUAUUAAAUAAAACCUCAGCUGUUAGUGGUCCUUCCUCAACUAGCUUUGAUUGCCAUGAAACGUAAGGUUUUAGUUCACACUUGUCUAAGUUAUUAGGUACAAUAAAAUCCAAGUGCAUUUCAGGAAAAAUGAUUUUUUGACCAUAUAUUUCCAUGGAUGUUGUCGGUUCUCUGAAAACUAAAAUUAAAAAGUUAAAAUAUCGUACCUGGGAAUCCAAGGGUAUUUUGCACGAGCUUUGCUUUUUUUUAAGUCUAACAUCCAGUGGUAUCUUGUCUUAUAGGCAACUUUCUGGCGAAACCUUAAAGGUCCCAUUGCUACAUUGAUAGUUCUUAUUGAUUGUGAUUUGUUAGGAGAAAUUAAAGAACUUGGGAUCAACCUUGUACACUGCAUUACCUAGGGAAUUAUGUUAUAAAAUCUGUAAGACGAUUGUAAGCUAAGAUGCUACAUAAUCACCAUUACAUAAUAAAAACACUUUGAAAUCACAUCCGUGAACAUGAAGCUAUUCGUUGAUUAAGUUGUCAUAAUAGAUCACGUUUGACUAGUGUAUAUUUUGUGGCUUAUCACUAGCUAUUCAUGCCCGAAUAAAAUUGAAUCUUUUCGAAACUAUAAUACAGUUUAGUCACACACACGGUCAGUCAAUAACGACGUAGGACUUGUCACAAAUAUGUAUCACUCCAAGAUGCCACAUUUCAUUACAGAGAGAGGAAACUACCAUGAUAAUGAGCAUAUGUGAAUGGCAAUAGAAAACUAGAAGUAAGAAGUUCAUCUCAGAAAUAAUAAACAAUAACCCACGAGAAAAUUCAUGGGAUGGUUUAUCAGAUUUGUAGGAUAUGCAGUAAAUACAACUGUAUCACUACAAUCAGUUUUGAACCAGGACCUCUAACAAAAGAUUGUGCCCAUUGGACGGAUCAUGAUCAAGAAGCUUACUGAUCUGGACUAACAGUCAGUAGCUUCAUAUGCCGAUCUAGUGUUUUGGUCUGCAUGUUUUUGCUUCUCUCAAUGUUACUCAGCAUUCCAAGUCCGGUUAGGAGAUAUUGAGGCUAAGGUUAGGGUGCUGUGCAAAAUUCCAACCCACCCAGGUGUUUGAGGUAUGCAUCACGUGCGCCAAUUUGAAGUGAUUAAAAUUCUUGACAGGUUCUAGUUCGUGACAUACCAGAGAAUGAUUUAUACACUACCUAAAGAUGUAGAAGUACUGUUCGACAAUCUAAAAAAAUCUCUUACAAGCGACGAAGAGGAAUUAAACAGGAUUGGUUUCUGUAACGUAUAAUGCAACGUGUUUCUAUAGAAAGUGUUGUGUGCUGAAAGUCCGAUACCAAUCAGGAAAACAAAGACUUUAUAAAACGAUAACAGUAACUCGAAAACAAUAGACAGUACGUUGAUACAUUGAUUUUUUUUUCUUGGGCUUUAGGGCCGGAAUGCGCUGAUGCCCAUCAUGUUGACUUUAUGAGUAGCUUUACAAAAUACGUGAGUAUCAUCAGAGAUAAAAUUUAAUAUAAAUAUUUUGACUUAAAAAUCACGGGAGUUAUAAUUCCGAAUUUUAAGCAAAACUAAAAGUUUUCUGUAUUAACGAUUACCUAACAAAACAAGUUUAGUACAGACGAUUUGCAAAGACCUAACAUGUAUAGUCUAAAGGAUAUAUAUCAAAUACGACAUUGGUAAUAGCGAACUGCAACUAGUGGCUUUUUUCGAACUGCGAGAACGGUAGCACUUAACGCUGGAUUGAACAAAUUGCGGCACUGUCCGUUGAGAACGACAAGUUAGCAAAUAUUUUAUGUGCUGUGACACCGAGUGUGACGUCAACAAACUUUCUCUUACGAAAAUGGAGUUCUAACUAAAUACAGACAGACAUCUUAUUGUAUGUGACGUAGCUGCUCUUCGAAAACUUUAUUUUAAAUGUCAUUCAGUCGACCAUACUGGUAAAUUAGAAAGAUAAUGCACUUAACCCAAACAAUAAAUCCGAUUCCAAACAGGAUCUACCAGACCGUUAAGAAUCAAGAGUAACUCUGUGGAGAUUUCACACAGUGAGCUCAGGGAAAUCCCAUUAUAAACAGGUUGGAAACCAACAAGUUGUAAAUAAGACUUUCGAAUUGGUC